GCCGGGCGGUGGAGCGAGGAAGGCCGCAAGAUGGCGGCGGGUGGGAAAGCGCUGAGCGGGGAUACGCCACCCAAGAACGGACAGGAAGUAUAUUUCUCGCAUGAUCUUUAUGAAAAAUAUUCACUGGCUCCAACCCUCUCUGAGCUACUGUUGUUAUCCAAAAGAAAUGCAGAAGGCAAUACAGACCCAUCAAAACCUGGACAAGAAAAUAGCGCUUCUGGUGGACAGGAAUCAGCUCAAGGAGGAGUUAAGUCUUCAGCGGAUUCUGCACCUUUCCAAGAGCCCAGAGCUGCCUACCCUUACGUUUCUAGUUUGACAGAGAGAGAACAGAGGAGAUACUUAUAUCUGUUGUCUACCUACUUAAAUGCAGAGCCCAGCCUGACAGAUGUGUCAGAACAAAGUGAUUAUUCACAGUACCUUCAAAUGAAAGAAUUUGUGAGCAAAGAGGUCGCGGAGUUUCUGAAGUUUGCUCAGAAUGCUGCUCGGACGUGCGCUAAAGAUUAUGAUUCCAUCUCUGAAAAGGCGUUACUUUACUCCAAGCGAUUUUUAAGCUCUUGCAUUGGCUUUGUGAAAAAAUAUCCUGAAUGUUAUACCCUACAUGAAGUUACGAGCAUCAUGGGAGGAAAGUUUAGGACAGAAUUGACCUUAAAACUGGAAGCUAGCCUUCUUGCUCUGGGAAAGGUGAACAACAUUAAGCUAUACUUUCCAAACAUGCCUGCGCAGAUACAGAUACCCGUUAAUCUGAAAAACGAAUCGGCUGUUGCAACUCCAGAACAGAGAGCUUCCCUACUGCACCAUGAUAUUAGCACAGACCCAAAUGCAGAGAAACUUGCAGGGAAAUACUGUCCUCAGGUCGUGCUGACGACCGAGUCCUUAUUUACUUUGCUGAACAAUCACAGUCUGAACUACAAGGAACAGUGGGAGCUUCCGGUUACGGUGAAAAACAUCUCUGUUGCAGGAUCAGGUAGCGAACCAGUCAGAGUGGUUUACAUUGACCCCCCUCUCCCAAAGAAAGAGAUGACCGUGAGAGAGAAGAACCAUUUUUUUCAUGAACUUCUGGCAGAUUUUCACACAACAAAACAAACCUUUGUUUUUGCACACACUGCCCUAUUGGACAAGCCUUGCAAAGACCCUGAGAAUCUGAACACUCUUGAGUCUUGCCAAGGUAGACAGCUGCAAGUAUCGGACCCCGCAGAUCUAGAUUUUGACACUGAUGUCACGGAACUGGAAACUUUUGGCUCAACCUCGAAGGCUUUGAAUGUUCCCAAACCACAGAGUGUGCCUGCAAAACCAGGUACAGUCCCUAAAAUUGGGUUGGAGGAGCUCUUGAAAAUGGAGAAACGGCUGCUGUCAGAGGUGAGCGGCAGCAUGGGUGAAGGAAGCUGCAAAGGCAGUGACCGACCGGCUUCAGCAAACAGAAGCGAGCAGAUUUUAGACAAAACUCCCUCAGCCGGUUCUGUCUUGGGACUGGAUUGUAAAGGAGACUUUUCGUGUCCGAGUUUUGAAUCUGUGGCAGCUGGACUGAGUGGCAAGGGAGCAGCCGCUGGCAAAGAAGAUAAAAAUGGUGAUAAGCCAAGUGUUCCGCCUUGCGAGAGCGACACUGACGAGGAAUCUUUGGUAAUUGACACAGAAUGUGAACAUACCAGUCACAUCAAACCAACUGCGAUCCCUUCUAACCGAAGCCCGGUAGCAGACGGCCCCCAGCUUCCUUGCUCUACACAAGACCUGCCAGGAAAAGCGGCUGAUUCUUUAGAGGAUCCGGACCAGGAAACAAACAUUUCUGAAAAAUCGUGUCAAAAGUUGCCUGAAGGGUUUGAUCCUGUCGGACAGAUCUUGGAAAUGCAAACUGCACUUCUCGAAGCAACGCCUUCCAACUCUCCAGGGCGGGCAGAGGCGAGCUCUGAAAACUGCUCGAAUCCUACACCAAGCCUGGUGUCGGAAGCCUCAGUAGCUUCUACUCUGGAGCCUGGACAAAGCAUCCCUGUGGAGACAGGUGCCUUACCCAAGUUGAGCUCGUUAUCACACUUUCAGGGACUUCAAAAAGUGUCUCUUUGGGAUGCCGUCGAAAAUCGUUCCGAAUAUGAAGCUCCUCAGCAGGGCAACCUGGUUUACAAACUGUUCAGCCUGGAUGACCUGCUACUGCUGGUGCGCUGUUCUAUACAGAAGGUAAAGCUGCUACCACGCAACAAGAAAAUCCAAAACAAGAGGUACUACCCAGUUUACGUAUUGCCAAAGCUGGAAUAUCAAGCCUUCUACGGAGCAGAAGCAUUAACAGAAGGUGAAAUAUGUCGGCUGUGGACUGAGAGCUUAUUGCAUUCCAACUGUUCGUUUGUGGUUGCUCAUAUCGACGCCCUCACUUCGAAACUCUUUUUGCUUGAAAAACUGUCCGCGGAAGGCCUGAAAAGAAGAUUUGGCACAUUUAAGCCGGCAAAUUCGAUGAAUAUCCUUCAACAUAUCUUGAAGAAGGUGACAGGGUUGCAGGAGGGCUCCUACCUCUUGGCUCACGCAGCAGGCGACUCGUCUGUCACGAUCUAUAAGAGCUGCCUUGGGGAAGGGACGAGGGGGACGUACAACUUGCACGCGGCUCACCGCGACCUGCCCGGCGUCCCUUCCGCCCUCUCCGUCCCGUGGGUACCGCUGGAUCCCAAUGUCCCUUUACCUUAUCACUACGCUCAAGGGCGAAUUCCCUGCACGUUCCCGCCGAGACCGGCCGACCCCAAAAAGGACCACAAGAUGAGUGGGACAAACCCACGCCCAGACACACCUAACCGCAGAAAGCAAGUUUCCAUGGAAACAAACAAUGAACGCCCACCAACUAAGCCUUUUAGAAAGAGACCUGGAGUUGUGCAGAACAAGACGAUGAGAAACAUCUACAGGCAGGCAAACCGAGGGCCAAACUGGCACUUUUGGAAGCAGACAAAGAGGAGCAAAGAUGACCCAGCUUAGUCAUGCAGGGAGGACAUAGAUUGGACUG